AUGGCAAGUGGAGGGGAUGAUAAGCUCGUCAAACUAUGGGACUUCCAUCAGGACGAUGUUACGCGACCCACUCUGAACCUAUCGGGCCCAAGGGCGAAUAUUCUCACAUUAGCAUUCUCUGAAAACAACCGCUAUCUAUAUUCGGGCGGUGUAUGCGAAACCGUGUAUAGAUAUGAUAUUUCCACUCUCGGCGUGGAGGCUGUAUCUCCAACUCCUCAAGGAGCCUACAUAGACUCAGACGACAGCAUCAGGUCCAUUUCUUGCCACCCCUUUAACGAAGAUCUGGCUUUGACUGCAAGCGAGGAUGGAUGUAUCUACAGAUAUGAUGCUCGGGAUGUGAACACCAGGCGCACAAGAGAGAACACAUUGGAGCUAAACGCAUCUGCUUCCGGCGCUCUUUACCAUCCAACUAUGGCCCACAUAUUUCUGACUUCAGAUAGUCGUGGAAGGGUUUGCCUCCGAGAUGAGCGAAUGGCUUUUGGAUCCGGGGAAAGGACAGAUGGUGGCAUUUAUAACACCAACCUAACUAAGAAAACAGUCAACCACCUGAGCAAUCCAGAAGCAAGCAGCAUUGUGUUCGAUCGCACCGGUAGCAAGUUUGCUAUCACGAUGGUGAACUUCUUCCCAACAAUCUUCUCCACAAGCGACCCGAAUCCGAUCGCAAUCUGCAGCGGGAAGUAUCUUCCAAACGGCGAUUUGGUGGAUACGACCUCUUCAAGAACGUAUCAAAAUGCAUGCACUAUGAAGCAUGGGUCAUUCGGUGGGCCUGGGAUGGACGAAGACAUAUACUAUGGAGCUGGUUCAGAUGAUUUCCGUGGAUAUGUCUGGAAACUUCCCCCUAUCUCAGAGUUGGUCGAACAGAGGCGGGAGAUAAACGCCAGUGACUGGCACGCGGCGGAACCAGAAAGCACCAUUGCUUUUACAGCUGGUUUCUCUCAACCAAAAUACGUCCCUGUGGACAUCUCUCAGCCGUUCUGUCACUUGAAUGGCCAUCUCUCGAUCGUCAACACUAUCGUAUUCCAUCCACAGUUUCUUCACGUAGCCACCGCUGGCGUCGAAAAAGACAUUAUCUUACACAGUCCGACGCCUGGUUCGCCUUGCACCCGCGAUCUGGCGCGGUCUCCACUCGAAGUCCGAAAGCUGAGCGAAGAUGGCACCGAAGACAGACUUCUUUACUACACUUCGCUGGUGAGCGAUAUCGACCGGACUGAAGCUAGGACUAUUAGCCUGUUCGACCACCUCAUCCGAGAGGAAUCAGACAAUGAUAUUUUCUUGACGCGACGAUGGAGACCUGAUACGGAAGACGAAGAGGAUUCGGACGAGGAGAUGGCAGGAGAUUCAUCGAGCGGGGAGGAAAGCGACCAAGACAUUGACCCAUAUUGA